AACAACGAAUAGAAAAGGCUGCGUCAUAUCGGCAAAUUCAAAUUCAAAUAGAUCUAACUAUGCCUGCAGCACAUGCGUCUCUUUUUGUUCUACUUCUUCUUCCUAUAGGGUACCUUGAGUCACUGGAAACUCGUCAUGAAGUCUUUGUUAACCUUGGACAAGAUGCAGUCCUUAACUGCAAGCUCAUGCAACAGCUUGAGGUUCUUCAGGUCACGUGGAAUAAAGAAAGUGCAAAGACUAAACAAAAUGUGGGCACCUGUAAUACACGCUUUGGUCCUGUGAUCAACUCUCCUUUUAAGGGGAAGGUUGACUUUAGUAACCCUGGACUGCACAACAGUUCAAUUGUUGUCAGGAACGUGACACGGAAGGAUGAGUGUUGCUACAACUGUCUGUUUAUCAUCUACCCAUACAAAGACAUCUCGGAGAAGCAUUGUAUCAAAAUCCAUGAGCUGUAUGAACCCAGUCUCCUCACAACACAAACAAACAACACCAAUGGCGACUCAUUCAUUUCCUGCUCUGCCACUGGACGGCCUGCUCCAACUGUGACGUGGGAGAUCCCUGAACAUCUCCCUCUGUUAAACUCCAGCACUAUCCACAUCCCUCACCCCAAUGGAACCAUCACUGUCACCUCAACCGUCAGGGUGAAAGUGGCCCCAGACACGUUGGUUAGGUGUGUGGCAUCACAGUCCCCAGGGGGAGCCAGCAAAGAGGCGUCCAUGUUGAUUACAGCUACUGACCAAGCGUUUGUUCCAUCUGAACAUGUGGAUCAGGUCACAGAGAGAAGUCGCAUAGUGAUUAUAUCAGUGUUUGCAACGCUUUUUUUAAUGGUUUUCGUCAUACUGUUUUUAGUGAGAUGGAAGAAACAGAGUAAGUCCUUCAAUGACUCCAUCAUUCAUGAAAACAUAUGCACUCCUCAAAAGGCGACGCCAAGAACCCAAACCAUUACCACUCCACAUGGAAACAACACUUUGAAUCAACGAAUGCUGCCAGAUAAAAAACUAUCACCUAGUUCAACUGGUGACUGCAAAAGAGAUCUCUCCAAUGACUUUAAUUAGGAUUCAAGGAAGUUUUUAAACAUGACUUGCUCCUGCUGAUGUGAUCAAUUCACCGAGCUGACAUUUACCAGUGAGAUGGAGACACUCGUACAUUUGAUUAAAUUGUUAAUUUGCUGUUAUCUAAAUCAGAAAUUACUACUCAUAAAUUGUUUUAUAGUUUAUUUUUCAUGUUUGGUGGUUCGAUAUGCUACCUAAGGUGAACCAUCCGAAAGCAGACAGUGUUCUGAUUGAUUGAAUGCAUACAAUUGAUUAAUUGUUUACAAGUAACUAUAUGUAAUUUAAAUGUCAACGUUAUUUAAGUUAUUCUUUCACUGUCAAUUGUAUUAAAGCCUUCUGAACGCUU